GGUACCUUAGGUAUCUAACCUACGUCUAAAGUACUUACGAAUCAAUAAAGUACGAUUACAUCAAAAUUAGGUUACAUUACUAAUAUGUAUUAAACAUGAAGAGAGAUAGCUACCUUGGUGGCUGAAUAUGUACAAGCUAUUAGUUGGUAGUUGGUUUGAGAUGCGGCGUCAUUGCGACUCUACUAUUAAGCUAUGCCGUUGGAGGAGUGGAGAUUGUGACAGUUGUUACUGGGGUAGACUUACAUAUGUAUGUAGAAGAAUGAGAGAGAGAGAAGUGAGUAAGACAGAAGAGAGGCUGGAUCAAGCUUCAAACCGCUUGUGUACUGCCGAAUAGGAUCGACUCAGUUGCGACAUAUAUGUACCUACAUACUUCCUACCCUACAAGGUGUCUUCCAUGGAGCCUUAUUAUUAAUGGAUGAUAAAGAAAAAUAAGCAAAAGUAAAGCACGCUAUCCCCACUUCUCUCCAUCAACAGUGCCCGCUAGUGGAUGUUGUCUGAUGUAAAUAUGAGUAUAAAGUCGAUGAGGUGCCGUCGUUGAGAAUGACCUUAUUCUGUACAACUUCACAUCAACGAAUACAAUAAUAUUCAAGUAUCUUUAUAAAUCUCAAAGUUUUAAUCUUUUUUCUUUAUAAAUCACAGCAACUAGAUACCCCUAAUUUCAUUUAUUCGCAAUGGCACCCAAGAUCGCCAUCGUCUACUACUCCACCUACGGCCAUGUCCGCCAACUAGCCGAAGCUGAGAAGCGCGGCAUCGAGAAGGCUGGCGGUACUGCCGAUCUCUUCCAGAUUCCCGAGACCCUCCCCAAUGAGGUUCUAGCCAAAAUGCAUGCUCCCGGCCCAGCUGCCGAUGUCCCGGUCCUGUCGGAUCCGGCGACUCUCGUGUCGUACGACGGCUUCUUGCUCGGCAUCCCGACACGCUACGGAAACUUUCCCGCGCAAUGGCGCAUAUGGUGGGACCAGACCGGAAAGCAGUGGCAGACCGGUGCUUUCCACGGCAAGGUAGCCGGUCUCUUCAUCUCGACAGCUUCUCUAGGCGGUGGUCAAGAGUCGACUGCUCUAGCGGCUAUGUCCACCUUUGCCCACCACGGCAUUAUCUACGUCCCAUUCGGCUACGCGAAGGCCUUCGACACUAUGACUGACCUUUCCGAGGUCCACGGUGGUGGCCCUUGGGGUGCCGGCACCUUCGCUUCAGGUGACGGCUCGCGCCAGCCUAGCGAGAAGGAAAUCUCCAUCGCUGAAAUCCAGGGUGCCGAGUUCUACAAGACCGUCGCCAAGUUCGCUUCCGGAUCGGCGUGACUACAUGACAGCAAGGAUAAAGAGACGUCAACUGCGACUGCCACACAGGCAGAGGGAAAGAAAGAAAAGAAGCAGAGUGAAGGCCUUUGCGGUUUGCCUACUAAAUGCGUGAUAAUGUAAUUCUCAUCACCUAGAAUGAUUUAACAAAUCACCUAAAUUAAAACAAAACAAAUUAUUGAACAUACUCCUAAAACUCGACUACUCUUCUGCCUUCGACACCUAUAAUAAUAUACAGUCGCAGCUCCCAUGCCUUAGUCAAUGAAAUCAUCC